AUGGCCGCCAAGCUCCUCAAGCGCCAAGCCCGCGAAAGCGGAUCUGCCCCGUCCGCGAAGACAUUUACGCCCAGUGCUUUGGUGCGCAUGUACUGUAUACGAGAUGACCAUAUCCACGUGCUCACGGAAGUGAAGCGCGAGUACGAAAACAAGGUGCUCGAACUCACCAACAAGCUCGAGGUCGACCUGAAGUGA